AUGUCUCCUUUUCAGGGCUCUGUGGACUGCCCUACGCUGGAGUUUGAGUAUGGCGAUGCAGACGGGCAUGCAGCAGAACUGUCAGAAUUGUAUAGCUACACUGAGAACCUGGAGUUCACCAAUAACAGGAGGUGCUUUGAAGAAGAUUUCAAGACUCAAGUGCAGGGCAAGGAAUGGCUGGAGUUGGAGGAGGAUGCCCAGAAGGCGUAUGUCAUGGGACUCCUGGACCGGCUGGAGGUGGUCAGUAGGGAGAGGCGGCUGAAGGUGGCCCGGGCAGUUCUUUACCUGGCCCAAGGCACUUUUGGGGAAUGUGACUCAGAGGUCGAUGUGCUCCACUGGUCCAGGUACAACUGUUUUCUGCUCUACCAGAUGGGAACCUUCUCGGCCUUCCUGGAGCUGCUCCACAUGGAAAUCGACAACAGCCAAGCCUGCAGCAGUGCCCUGCGGAAACCUGCCGUCUCCAUCGCCGACAGCACAGAGCUCCGGGUGCUGCUGAGUGUCAUGUACCUCAUGGUGGAAAAUAUUCGCCUGGAGCGAGAGACAGAUCCCUGUGGCUGGAGGACAGCCCGGGAGACCUUCCGCACUGAGCUGAGCUUCUCCAUGCACAACGAGGAGCCUUUCGCCCUCCUGCUCUUCUCCAUGGCGACCAAGUUCUGCAGUGGCACGGCCCCCCACUUCCCCAUCAAGAAGGUCCUGCUCCUGCUUUGGAAGGUGGUCAUGUUUACCCUCGGAGGAUUUGAACAUCUUCAGGCUCUCAAAGUCCAGAAGCGGGCGGAACUGGGGCUGCCUCCACUGGCGGAGGACAGUAUCCAGGUGGUGAGGAGCAUGCGCGCUGCCUCCCCACCCUCUUACACUCUGGACCUGGGGGAGUCCCAGCUGGCACCACCACCCUCCAAGCUGCGAGGCCGUCGUGGUUCUCGAAGGCAACUCCUCACUAAGCAGGACAGCCUGGACAUCUACAAUGAACGGGAUCUCUUCAAGACUGAGGAGCCAGCCACAGAGGAGGAAGAGGAGUCUGCCAGCGAGGGGGAGCGAGCCUUGGAUGGAGAAUUAGACCUACUAGAGCAGGACCCUCUGGUGCCACGUCCACCCUCACAGGCACCCCUCUCUGCUGAGCGGGUGGCCUUUCCCAAGGGCCUCCCCUGGGCCCCAAAGGUCAGACAGAAGGACAUUGAGCACUUCUUGGAGAUGAGCAGGAACAAGUUCAUCGGCUUCACCCUGGGGCAGGACACAGACACCUUGGUUGGAUUGCCCAGGCCCAUCCAUGAGAGUGUGAAGACCCUAAAACAGCACAAGUAUGUCUCCAUCGCAGACGUGCAGAUGAAGAAUGCAGAGGAGCUGGAAAAGUGCCCCAUGUCCCUGGGGGAAGAGGUGGUGCCAGAGACGCCAUGUGAAAUGCUCUACCAGGGAAUGCUGCACAGCCUCCCCCAGUACAUGAUUGCUCUGCUUAAGAUCCUGCUGGCGGCAGCCCCCACCUCCAAGGCUAAGACAGACUCCAUCAACAUCCUGGCUGACGUCCUGCCUGAGGAGAUGCCCAUCACUGUCCUCCAGAGCAUGAAGCUGGGCAUCGACGUGAACAGGCACAAGGAGAUCAUCGUGAAGAGCAUUGCCGCCCUGCUCCUGCUGCUCCUCAAACACUUCAAACUCAACCACGUGUACCAGUUUGAAUAUGUAUCACAGCAUCUGGUGUUUGCCAACUGCAUCCCCUUGAUCCUGAAGUUCUUCAAUCAAAAUAUCUUGUCAUAUAUCACCGCCAAAAACAGCAUCUCGGUCCUGGACUAUCCUUGCUGUGCCAUCCAGGAGUUGCCGGAGCUUACCACCGAGAGCCUGGAAGCUGGUGACAACCACCAGUUCUGCUGGAGGAACCUCUUUUCCUGCAUCAACCUCCUGAGGCUGCUCAACAAACUGACCAAAUGGAAGCAUUCCAGAACCAUGAUGCUGGUGGUAUUUAAAUCGGCUCCCAUCUUAAAGCGGGCCCUCAAGGUCAAACAGGCCAUGCUGCAGCUUUACGUCCUGAAGCUGCUGAAGAUACAGACCAAGUACCUGGGGCGCCAGUGGAGGAAAAGCAACAUGAAGACCAUGUCGGCCAUUUACCAGAAAGUGCGUCACCGCAUGAACGACGACUGGGCCUACGGGAACGACAUCGAUGCCAGGCCAUGGGACUUCCAAGCGGAAGAGUGCACCUUGAGGGCCAACAUCGAGGCCUUCAACAGCCGCCGGUACGACAGGCCGCAGGACUCGGAGUUCUCCCCAGUGGAUAACUGCCUGCAGAGCGUGCUGGGCCAGAAGCUGGACCUGCCUGAAGACUUCCACUACUCCUAUGAGCUCUGGCUGGAGCGGGAGGUGUUCUCACAGCCCAUCUGCUGGGAGGAGCUGCUUCAGAGCCACUGA